AUGUUUUACAGUUGCUUCUUGUAUCUUGCUGCCGCGAUGGCUCGGCGAGUGGAGCGGCUGAUGCUUUCCACGCCGCUGGUGCCUAGGAGCUUGGCAAAAAUCCGGGUCGUGUGUUUCCAGGAGAACAAGGUGGCCACGGACUGGAUGGGCCGCUUUCUGCCGAUGCUCCGCUUUGCGAGCCCAGACCUGGGAUUCGACUUCGAGCGGCUGAAGCUGCGCCGUCAGCCGGACGAGGACUCGGCGGCCGAGGCGGCCGAGGCGGCCGAAGACACCUCGCAGGAGGUCUCUGCAGAGUCACCGGAGCCGCAGGCCCCAGAGCCAGAAGCAGAGAGGAAGGAGCUGUCAGUCAGCGAGGCUGAAGCGAGAGAGUGCGUCGAGGUGCAGUUCGCAGACGGGAGUUCCCAGCGCCUGAACCUGCAGCUCUACGUGUCCUCACAUCAACUGAUGCAGCGCAUCUUGGAUAUUGAUGCCGACAAGGCUGCGAAUGCGUGA